AUGCGCCGCCGCCGCCCCUGCUGCGGCUGCCCGGGCCGCUCCAGAGUGAAGGCCGGUGCGGGCGGGCCCGGGCGAGGAGCGGAGGGCGGGGGCCGGGCGGAAGGCGCGGCGGCUCUGAUCGGAGGGUGCGGGGCCGCGGCGGGCGGCUCCGAGGUCGUUCGGCUGCAAUCGGGGCCCCGCGGAGCUCGGCGGCGGUGGCGGCGGCGGCGGCGGCAGCGGCGCGGACACGGUGGCAGGAGCUCCGGCUCUUCCGGCUGCCGUGUCCGCCGCGGCCUGCAGGGGGCGCCGAUGCGACCCGGGGAAGCCCAGGUCUCCGCUGCUGGCUGCACUGGACGCGGGGCGGGGCGCGCAAAGGCCACGGCGGGGAGGGCGGGGCCGAAGGGGAGGGCGGAGCCGGCGGGGAGGGCGGAUCCGACGGGGAGGGCGGGGCAGGCGGGGUCUGCUGGGCGCUCAGAGGCCGCGGCCAGCGGGGAGGGCGGAGCCGACGGGGGGGCGGGGCAGGCGGGGUCUGCAGGGCGCUCAGAGGCUACGGCCAGCGGGGAGGGCGGGGCCGUGCUGGCACGGGUCUCUCGGUGA